UUCUGUACAAUUGUGUUAUUUAUUAUACAAUUGUGUUAUUUAUUAUACAAUUGUGUUAUUUAUUAUACAGUUGUGUUAUUUAUUAUACAAUUGUGUUAUAUAUUAUACAAUUGUGUUAUAUAUUAUACAAUUGUGUUAUUUAAUAUACAAUUGUGUUAUUUAUUAUACAGUUGUGUUAUUUAUUAUACAAUUGUGUUAUUUAUUAUACAAUUGUGUUAUUUAUUAUACAAUUGUGUUAUAUAUUAUACAAUUGUGUUAUAUAUUAUACAAUUGUGUUAUUUAAUAUACAAUUGUGUUAUUUAUUAUACAUUGUGUUAUUUAUUAUACAAUUGUGUUAUUUAUUAUACAGUUGUGUUAUCUAUUAUACAAUUGUGUUAUUUAUUAUACAGUUGUGUUAUUUAUUAUACAAUUGUGUUAUAUAUUAUACAGUUGUGUUAUAUAUUAUACAAUCGUGUUAUUUAUUAUACAAUCGUGUUAUUUAUUAUACAGUUGUGUUAUUUAAUAUACAAUUGUGUUAUUUAUUAUACAGUUGUGUUAUUUAUUAUACAAUUGUGUUAUAUAUUAUACAAUUGUGUUAUAUAUUAUACAAUCGUGUUAUUUAAUAUACAAUCGUGUUAUUUAAUAUAUAAUCGUGUUAUCUAUUAUACAAUCGUGUUAUCUAUUAUACAAUUGUGUUAUAUAUUAUACAAUUGUGUUAUUUAUUAUUUCAGAAUAUAA